AUGCAGCAUUCUGCUUCUUCAGAAUCUGCUUCUUCACUUCCCUGUUUGUCCAACCUAAAUGAAAAGCAAACAGCUGCAUUCCAUUCGGUGAUUGACUCUAUAAUUUCACCUGUGCCGAAUGGUGGAAAUUUCUACUUUCUUUAUGGACAUGGAGGAACUGGCAAAACUUUCCUGUAUAAGACGAUUCUUGCACAUCUUAAGGAACUUGGCAAGAUUGUCCUUGUGGUGGCUUCUUCUGGUAUUGCUGCAACUCUCCUUCAAGAUGCAUCCACAGCACAUUCUCGAUUUAAGAUACCAUUGGAAAUUGAUCAGGCUUCUUCAUGCAACAUAAAGAAGGGUACGCCACUUGCUCAACUAAUACUUGAUGCAGCUCUUAUUAUAUGGGAUGAAGCCCCAAUGGUACAUCGACUGUCAUUUGAAGCAGUUGAUCGUGCUCUUUGUGAUGUCAUGAAUGUACCUUUUACUGGGGUUCAUUACAGGCCAUUUGGAGGGAAAGUCGUGCUCUUAGGGGGUGACUUUCGGCAGACACUUCCGAUUGUUGCUGAUGCUGGGAGAGAGGAAAGUGUUGAUGCAUCUUUGACCUGCUCUUAUCUAUGGACUACCUGUACUAUUCUGCAGCUAACAGAGAACAUGCGCAUUACAACUUCUGCUGGAAAUGAAUCCAUGACAUUUAAUGGAAUGGACUUCACAAGAUGGACUCUUUCAGUAGGUAAUGGAGCACUACCAGGGAAAUGUUUUUACCAAAAUCAGCCAGCUGAUUGGAUUGAAAUCCCAAAACAGUUGCUGGUUUCCCCAACCGAUACACCCAUUCAGACAAUGGCUUCUGAGAUUUACACUGAUUUUGCAGUUCGGUUUCACAGUGCUGCGUACUUAACUGAGCGCUCCAUAAUUACGCCUACCAAUCGGAAUGUGACAGAGAUUAAUUCUCAUAUGCUUGCAUUAGUUCCAGGUCAGCAACGUGCCUAUUUCAGUAGCGACACUUUACAUACUGACGCAGUCGAUCCAUCUUGGCUUGAGGCAGAAUAUCCCACGGAAUUUCUGAAUGGUUUGUCUUUCAAUGGAUGUCCUGAACAUCAAAUUGACUUGAAGGUGUUCACGCCGAUCAUGCUGCUGAGAAACUUGAAUCCAGAAAUAGGAUUAUGCAACGGAACCCGGCUUAUGGUUGUUUAUCUAGGUCAUUAUGUGAUAAAGGGAGUUAUUAUGGGUGGGACAUUCAACGGCAAGACUGUUGCGAUCCCAAGGAUUGUUCUAAAUAUCGAUGACCGGCGUUGGCCAUUUGUUCUUAAGCGGCGUCAGUUCCCUGUCAGACUUUGCUAUGCCAUGACAAUAAACAAGAGUCAAGGCCAAACACUAAUUAGUGUUGGUGUGUACCUUCCCAAACCUGUUUUUAGUCAUGGGCAGUUGUACGUGGCUGUAUCUCGAGUUAGAUCAGCUGAUGGGCUACGAUUCCUUAUUGUUAACGAGGAUGACAUUCCAUGCAACUACACUCGCAAUAUCGUUUACGAAGAAGCAUUUGCAGAUCUACAGCUUCCUGGUCAUUUUGACCUGAACUUUCCUUACAGGUUUGUUAUUGAAUCAGCACAAUUAUAUUGUUUCAAACAAUCAGCUGGCUUGUCUUCGGUGUGA